CAGUUAGCUAGCAUCCUCUGCCUCUGGUUGAUAAAACGCUGCGUCGAGAGCGAAGUGGCACAACAAUUCUGCAGCAAAAGGAAGUUUGGGUUUGUUCGUGUUCUUGUUCAAUUCGAAAGCUCUCAGACGAAGUUUUUGAUGGAUGUGGAGUGGUCUGAUUCACGGUAUGAUGGUAGAAAUGAUAAGGAGGAUUCCCCAGUGAGGGAGCAAUAUGAUGAUGAUGGGGUGGAGAAAUCUAGCAAGCAUAGGAGCAAGGACAGGAAGAAGAGUGACAAGGAGCACCGGAGUAAGGACCGGGAACAGCUGAAGGAUGCUUCAAAAGAGGGAAGGGAGCGGAAGAAAGAAGAUAGGGAUGAACGUGAAAAGGACCGGGGUAAAGACAAGACCAGGGAAAAGGAUUAUGAUAGAGAGAAAUAUAGGGAGAGGGAUAGAGAUAAGAAGGACCGGAGUAAGGAGAAGGAAAGAGAGGUAGAGAAAGAUAGUGAUAGAGGACGGGAGAAGGAGAGGGGUAAAGAGAAGAGUAGGGAUAGGGAAAGGGAGAAAGAAAGGGAUAAAGUGAAGGAAAGGGAGCGAGAGAAGCAUAGAGAUAGAGAAAAGGAGAGGGAAAGCUAUAGAGAUGGGGACAAGGAUAAGGGGAAAGAUAGAAAUAGAGAGAAGGAGAGGGAGACUGAUCGAGAUAAAGAAAGGUCAAGAGAUCGAGUGAGCAGAAAGACUCAUGAGGAAGAUUAUGAACUGAAUAAUGUUGAUGAUAAAGUGGACUACCAUGACCAAAGAGAUGAGGAGAUUGGCAAGCAAGCAAAGGACUCAAAGCUCGAUGAAGAUGUUCAAGAUGGUCAAACAUCAGCACAUGUAUCAUCAACAGAACUUGAAGAACGCAUCUUGAAGAUGAAAGAUGCAAGGACAAAUAAACAAUCUGAAGCUGCUUCUGAGAUCUCUGCAUGGGUUAAUAGAAGCCGUAAGCUAGAAAAGGAAAGAGCAUUGCAGCUCUCAAAGAUUUUUGAGGAGCAGGACAACAUUGCAGUAGAAGGAAGUGACGAUGAGGAUACUGCCCAACACACUGAUAACCUUGCGGGGAUGAAAGUUCUUCAUGGUGUUGAUAAAGUUAUGGAAGGUGGGACAGUAGUUCUGACUAUUAAAGAUCAGCCCAUACUUGCUGAUGGUGAUAUUAAUGAAGAUGUCGAUAUGCUUGAGAAUGUAGAAAUUGGAGAACAAAAACGACGAGAUGAGGCAUAUCAAGCUGCAAAAAAGAAAACUGGUGUAUAUGAUGAUAAGUUCAAUGAUGACCCCUCCUUGGAGAAGAAAAUACUUCCACAAUAUGAUGAUCCAGUGACAGAAGAGGGUUUAACUUUGGAUGAAAGGGGACGGUUCUCUGGUGAAGCUGAGAAGAAACUUGAAGAGCUGCGAAGACGGUUAACAGGGGUUUCCACAAAUACCUUUGAAGAUCUAACUUCGUCUGGAAAGGUAUCAUCAGAUUACUAUACUCACGAUGAAAUGCUACAAUUUAAGAAGCCCAAGAAGAAAAAGUCCCUGCGCAAGAAAGAUAAGCUGGACAUCAAUGCCCUUGAAGCUGAAGCUAUCUCUUCAGGAUUGGGUGUUAGUGACCUUGGUUCUCGGAAAGAUGUAAGGAGGCAAGCCAUCAAAGAUGAGCAAGAAAGAUUGGAGGCUGAGAUGAGAAAUAAUGCUUACCAGUCUGCUUAUGCUAAAGCAGAUGAAGCCUCCAAAUUGCUGCGCCUGGAACAAACUCACAAUGUUAAAACAGAGGAAGAUGAAACUCCAGUUUUUGUAGAUGAUGAUGAGGAUCUUCGUAAAUCCUUAGAAAAAGCAAGAAGAUUAGCUCUUAAAAAGCAGGAGGAAGAAGGGGCAUCUGGCCCUCAAGCUAUUGCAUUGCUUGCCACCUCAAGUCAUAAUAAUGAGAAUGAUGAUCAAAACCCUACAGCUGCUGAGUCACGAGAGAACAAGGUGGUCUUCACAGAGAUGGAAGAAUUUGUCUGGGGUCUCCACAUUGAUGAAGAAGCACGGAAACCAGAAAGUGAGGAUGUUUUCAUGCAAGAUGACGAAGAGGUUAAUGUUCCUGAUGAAGAAAAGAGUAAUGAGGCUGGUGGAUGGACUGAAGUUAAAGAAGUUAGUAACGAUGAAGAACCCACUUCAGAAGACCAAGAGGAGAUAGUUCCUGAUGAAACUAUUCAUGAAGUUGCUGUGGGGAAAGGAUUGUCAGGUGCUUUGAAACUGCUUAAAGACCGAGGAACACUUAAAGAAAGCAUUGAAUGGGGUGGCAGAAACAUGGACAAGAAAAAAAGCAAAUUGGUUGGGAUUGUCGAUGAUGAAGAGAAAGAAGCACAAAAGAAAAAGGAGAUUCGCAUUGAGAGGACGGAUGAAUUUGGGAGAAUUUUGACUCCUAAGGAAGCCUUUCGGAUGCUCUCUCAUAAGUUCCAUGGUAAAGGACCUGGUAAAAUGAAGCAAGAAAAGCGUAUGAAGCAAUACCAAGAAGAAUUGAAGAUGAAGCAGAUGAAGAGUUCAGAUACUCCAUCACUCUCUGUGGAGAGAAUGAGGGAAGCUCAAGCUCGUUUGAAGACACCCUAUCUUGUUCUUAGUGGCCAUGUUAAACCAGGACAAACUAGUGACCCAAAAAGCGGUUUUGCAACUGUUGAAAAGGAUCUUCCUGGGGGCUUGACACCUAUGCUUGGUGAUCGAAAGGUAGAGCAUUUUCUAGGAAUUAAGAGGAAAGCUGAGCCAUCAAGCUCGGAUACCCCUAAAAAGCCUAAAUCUUAAUUCCUCGGUCAACUAAUGGUAAGCAUUUUAAGCUAAUAUUCCUGUAAACUUAGAAGUUUGAUGCAGUGUUCAACUAUUCUACUGCUGACUGCAGAUAAUUUGCUGUAGAAUAUAUCUUCAAAUAUUCGUUGGUAAAAUUUGAUUUCCUUGCAAGAUAUAAGUUUGUAGAAAUUUCCUUGCUAGAUAUAACCAUAUUUUUCCACAUAUGGUCCAGAAUUCGGGAUUCCUUAUGUACAAAUAAGAGUUAAUUUUCAAUAUAUUAGCAAAAUUUUGAAUUC